GUGCUGAAGGAGGUCACGCAGACGUUCAACGUUUACGAGUCUGCACUGUGCAACAAUGAUGUUCAGGUCCUGGACGGGCUCUUUUUUGACAACGAAAGCACCGUUCGGUUUGGCACUGCUGAGAACCUCUACGGGUACAAGGCUAUCCAAGCAUUUCGAGAAUCGAGAUCCCCACCUGGCGAUCGAAAAAUCUUGAAGUCUGUCAUCACAACUUAUGGUUCAGACUUUGCAGUGACCAAUGUUGAAUUCCAGCGGGAAGGCAGUAUAAAAGUGGGGCGACAAUCGCAGACAUGGCUGCGAACCCCCGCUGGCUGGAAGAUCGUGUCUGCUCACGUCUCGCUGAUGGAAGCAUGCGGCUAG